CACGCCCACCUCGCUCACGUGUAUUAUUUCACAAAAACAUCAGAAUCGCAGGAUGAAAAAUUAGAAAAAUUAAUUUAAAUUUGUUCGCCUUUCUAAUCUUACAAAGUUUGGUUUUCCCAUUGAACGCGAAGAAGUUGAUAGAAUGGGGAGCGCUGACGAAGGAUCAGACGAUGAGAGAACUGCAAUUCGGAAGGAAUUGUCUCACAUGACUUUUGAGGAAUUGAUGAAAUUGAAGGAGCAGCUUGGCACAAAAAAGUACGAUGAGGCUAUGUUUGGGGCGUCAAGCUCGAGAAGCAGAAAUUUGGAUCACAACAGGACAUUUAAAAGGGCCAAUAAAAACAGGCCUAGAGAAAUGUCAUCGAAAAUUAAAGUGGCGCCAAUCCUGGACGCAGGACUUCCGAAACAGAAGAAAACGCAGACCAGAGACCCCAGAUUUGACUCUUUGUGUGGAGAAUUUAAGGAAAAGGUGUUUAGAAAAGCGUACGGCUUUGUAGAGGACAUUAAAGUUCAGGAAAAGCAACAACUGAAAGAGGAACUGAAGAGUGAAACUGACGGCAAGAGAAAGGCAGAGAUCAAAUACCUGAUUCAAAGAAUGGAAAACCAAGAAAGAGAGUUAAAGAAUCGAAAGGCUAAAGAAGAGAAGGAGGACGUGGAGAGAAGAGAGAGGGUGGAAAUGCUGAAACGAGGAGAGAAACCGACAUUCCUCAGCAAAUCUGAAAGAAAAACUAAGGAGCUGGUUGAGAAGUUUGAAGAACUGAAGAAGAGUGGAAAAAUCAGCAAGCACAUCGAAAAGCACCGAAAGAAGAAAAUCAACCAAGAUAGGAAGAAAUUCAAAAUUCUUAAAUAAUAC